AUGGCCGUGCCCAAAAAAACAAUCGAGCUUAAAGGACACAGCAAGACGGUACGUCAGGUGCGCUCGGAGCAAAGCUCGGCCAUCUCUGUGUCGGCUGACAAAAAGGUGCGUUUCUGGAACCUCAAUAGUGGCCAACACAUUGGCACGUACGAGGAGCCUGGCACAACCGUCCUCUCCAUCGACUAUGACAAGACAUCCAAAACAUCGGUUAUAUGGCCACUAUCAGACUACACCAAAGUGCAUAUCGGCCAUAAAAACGGUCUAGUCUCACUCGUUGACUUUAUGGAGCGUCCACAUAUCAUUGUCUCUUCGCAACGUCCUGUUCUUUUAGCAGACGGUUUUGAUUUCUCAUCCCCCGGGAGAUAUGUUAUUUGGGAGAAUAAUUCGGUUGAUUGCUGGGAUGAAGAGAAAAAAGUGAGGUUGUGGCAGUCGGUCGAACACACCAAAAAAAUACAACAGGCUCGUGUUAUAUCCAGCACACUCUUUGCCAACGGGCUCGUUGGAACAGCGUCGUCUGACAAGACUGUUAAACUGCGCAAUAUGUCGGAUGGUGUGACAGUCGCCUCUCUGGCCGGAUACACUGGUGUCGUCAACUGCCUGGAACCUGUUGGAGACUACCUGCUUGCCAGUGGGUCAAGUGACAAGUAUGUCAAGUUGUGGGAUCUCCGUAAACUAACUACCCCCAUCUUUUCAAGUAACGCUCAUUCCUCUCCAGUACGUGCCGUCUCGUACGAAGAAAAUGGUGGUCGUCUCAUCACUGGUGGUGACGAUGGUACCGUCAUUCUUUGGGAGUUGGAUAAUUGGAGUAGAGGUCGUAGAGAAUGUCUUGGUAUGGUUACUUCACAAACAUCACAACAACAACAAACAUCAACCUCUUCAACUUCAACUUCAACUUCAACCUCCACCUCAACUCAUCAAAAUACAACCAUUUCAAUUGGAACAGUCAAAGAAUCAGGUAGACUUGUCAACUUGAAAUCAGGAAUCACUUCUAUUGAUUCCGAUGAAUCUGGUUUAAUUGUUGGUUGCCAAGAUGGAUUAAUUUAUAGAUAUGAUUUUGCCUAA